AUGGCCUGGUCUGGUGGGGGCCUCAGGGCCUGGGGGAGCCUGAUGCUGCUGGGCCUGUGCAUCUGGACAGGCGCCAGGGCAGCCGACCCUGACUUGGUCAAGAACCUGAGGGUGGAGAAGCGGACCAACAGCUCCAUCAGCCUGUGCUGGGACGACCCCAAAAGCCCGAACUCUCAGAACUACACCUACUGGGUGCAGUGGACCAACCAGGGUGACAAAAAUGAGACUCGAAACACGACAGACACCUGUUUCACAGCGGACGGGCUUCAACCUUCGUCCUCCUACAAAUUCUUCGUGUGGGCGGAGGCAGGCGGAAGCAACGGCACCCCCGGGAUGCUCCAGGCCACCACAGCCCCUAACAGCGUCAGGAACCUGAGGGUGGAGAAGCAGACCAACAGCUCCAUCAGCCUGCGCUGGGAGGCCCCUGAAGGCCCGAACUCUCAGAACUACACCUACUGGGUGCAGUGGACCAACCAGAGUGACAAAAAUGAGACCCGAAACACAACAAACACCAGUUACUCAGUGGAAGAACUUAAGCCGGCAACCUCCUAUGAGUUUUCUGUGUGGGCGGAGAAGCAUGGAGUGCACGGCUCCAUGGAGCCCCUCGAGGGUGCCACAGCGCCCAACUCCGUGAGGAACCUGAGCGUGCAGGAUCAGACCAACAGCUCCCUGAGCCUGCGCUGGGAGCCGCCCGACGGCCCCGGCCUGAGCUACACCUACUGGGUGCAGUGGACGGACGGAGGUGGUAAAACUGAGACCCGGAGCACAGCGAACACCAGUGUCAUCCUGGACGGACUAAAGCCUGGGUCCUCAUACAGACUUGCCAUGUGGGUGGAGAACAAGAGCGUCAACAGCUCCUGGGUCACUCACCAGGCCGCCACAGCCCCUAACCUCGUCAGAGACCUGAGCAUGAAGAAACGGUCCAACAGCUCCAUCACCCUGAGCUGGCAGGUGCCUGAGGGCCCCGACCUUCUGAACUAUACCUACUGGGUCCAGUGGAUGGGUGGCAGUGAUGGAACUAAGACCCAAAACACAGCAAACACCAGUGUCACAGUGGAGGGACUGGAGCCCGGGACGCUGUACGUACUCUCUGUGUGGGCCGAAAAGAAUGAAGUACCUGGCUCCAGGCAGAACAGCAGCGUUUCCACAGUCCCCAAUGCAGUGACAAGUCUCAGGAUACAGCGCCAGACCACCAGCUCCAUCACCCUGAACUGGGCAGUGCCCCAGGGCCCAGGUCUCCCUCCCUACACCUACGGGGUCUCAUGGAUCAUGGAGGGCAGCGCUGACACUAGGUCCGAUGACACCUCGGAUACCAAGAUCACACUGGAGGGAAUGGAAGCCGGGAGCCUGUACACAUUCACCAUCUGGGCGGUGAGGAACGGGGUCAACAGCGACAACGAGACCCUCACCGGGGCCACAGCUCCCAACGAGGUCACAGCUCUGCAGAAGAAAACUCAGACCAACAACUCAAUCACCCUGCGUUGGGAGGCCCCCGCAGACCCCCGCUCUCACCUCUACAUAUACUGCAUCCAGUGGGCCGGUGGGGGACAUCCCCAAAGGGAAAAAGAUCCCCAAGGACACCAGGGAUCUGAGAGAGGCAGGACCAAUGAGACUUGGUAUGUGGCGGAGGCCCUGGAACCCGGGACCCUGUACAACUUCAGCGUGUGGGCACUGAGGACCGAGGUAGCCAGCUCCACACAGAGCCUCCGCGCGUCCACAAACCCGGACCCUGUCACCAUCACCUCCUGCAUCAGCACCUCUGGUGGCUAUGGGGUCAUCCUCACCUGGUCCUGCCCCCCAGGAGGCUAUGAGGCCUUUGAGUUUCAGGUGGGCGGGCAAGAGGGCUCCCAGGACGGCGCCUCCUGCGGGAAGGACGUGCCUGUGUCAGGCCUCCAGCCUGCGCGGUCUUACUCAGCCACCGUCAGGACCAUCUGGGACGGACUGAAGGCCCCACCUACCUCUGUGACCUGCCACACCGAGAGUGCAGGGGUCAUCGCGGGGGCCAUUGUUGGCGUCCUUCUAUUCAUCGUCCUGGGGGGCCUGCUGGCUUUCUUCCUGAAGAAGAGGUAUAAGAAGAGCCAGAAGAACUCAUUUCAAGCUUCCAGCUGUAAGAUGCGGGAGUUACGGGCAUGUCGACAAGGACACCCCUCUUGCCGCGAGGACACCGGAGUGAAGGAGGUUAAGAUCUCUGUCCCCCCCAGCUUCCCAGGGGACAUCCUGGCGGCCGACUUUGCCGAGCACGUCAGGAAAAAGGAGAAGGACAGCAACUGCGGCUUCGCCGAGGACUAUCAGAACCUGGCCCUGGAGGGCCAUGGCCAGUCUCAGGCGGUGGCCUCGGCUCCCGAGAACAGCGCCAAAAACCGCUACAGGAACGUGCUGCCCUACGACUGGUCCCGUGUGCCCCUGAAGCCCCUUGGAGGGGAGCCGGGCUCUGACUACAUCAACGCCAGCUUCAUGCCUGGUCUCUGGAGCCCCCAGGAGUUCAUUGCGACCCAGGGCCCCCUGCCCCAGACGGUGGGCGACUUCUGGCGCCUGGUGUGGGAGCAGCAGAGCCGCACCCUGGUCAUGCUGACCAACUGCGUGGAGCUGGGCCGGGUGAAGUGUGAGCAUUACUGGCCUCUAGACACCCAGCCCUGCACCCACGGGCACCUACAGGUGACCCUGGAGAGUGAGAAGGUGAUGGAGAACUGGACAGUCCGAGACCUGAAGCUGCGACAUACGCAAGAGCAGAAGACCCUGUCCGUGCGACAAUUUCAUUACGUGGCCUGGCCGGACCACGGCGUCCCCCACUCCCCGGACCCCUUGCUGGCCUUCUGGAAGAUGCUCCGGCGGUGGCUGGACCAGACCCCAGAGGGAGGGCCCCCCAUUGUGCACUGCAGCGCUGGUGUGGGCCGCACGGGCACCCUCAUCGCCCUGGACGUCCUGCUCCGGCAGCUGGAGUGUGAGGGCGUCGUGGGGCCCUUCAGCUUUGUGAAGAAGAUGCGGGAAAGUCGGCCCCUGAUGGUGCAGACUGAGGCCCAGUACAUCUUCCUGCACCAGUGCAUCCUCCGGUUUCUCCAGCAGUUGUCCCCCGUGCCAGCCAAGAAGGGGGUCAUAUAUGAGAACCUGCUCUUCGAGAAUGAGGCUGCCAUCCAGAAUGAGGCUGCCAUCCGGGCCCACUAG